AUGCUAUGCAACUACAAGGCGCCCACCGUCGUCCACCCAACCCUAGAAUCACUCAACCCGCAGCCACCCAAAUCCUCCUUCUUCGGCAUGCUAUUCAACAACGCUCCCAAACCAACCGAGACAACCAAGAUACCCGCCAACAUGCCUAAGGGCCUAUACAUGCACGGAGACGUAGGAUGCGGCAAGACAAUGCUCAUGGAUCUAUUUUACGACACGCUCCCUCCCUCCAUCACCUCCAAGACAAGAAUCCACUUCCACAACUUCAUGCAAGAUGUUCACAAGCGGUUAUUCGCCGUCAAAUCCCAACAGGGAGCGGACAUCGACGGCGUCCCGUUCGUGGCGGCAGAUAUAGCCGAGAAAUCCAGCGUGCUUUGCUUCGACGAAUUCCAAUGCACAGAUGUAGCCGAUGCUAUGAUUCUGCGGCGUCUACUUGAAUCUCUCAUGUCCCAUGGCGUGGUGCUGGUGACUACUUCCAACAGACACCCUGACGAUCUAUACAAGAACGGAAUACAGCGCGAAUCGUUCAUACCCUGCAUUCACCUGCUCAAGACAGCGCUGACGGUAAUAAACUUAAACUCGUCAACGGAUUAUCGCAAAAUUCCUCGUCCGCCGUCAGGCGUCUAUCAUAACCCGAUGGAUAUAGCUGCGGAGCACCAUGCGGAUAAAUGGUUCCGGUACCUAGGUGACUUUGAGAACGAUCCUCCUCAUCCUGCUGUGCAUGAAGUUUGGGGGAGAGCCGUACAUGUUCCGCAAGCAUCGGGCAAAGCAGCUCGGUUCGCAUUCAAUGAGAUCAUAGGCCGUGCCACUAGCGCGGCGGAUUACAUUGAGCUUAUGAACCAUUACAACUCGUUCAUUAUCACUGAUGUUCCUGCCAUGGGUCUGCAUCAGCGAGAUUUAGCUAGACGAUUCAUCACGUUUAUCGACGCAGUGUACGAGAGCAGGGCAAAACUAGUCCUCACAUCUGCAGUACCCUUGCGAAAUCUUUUUCUAUCGGAAAAUGAUAUCAAACAAGCCUCUUCCAAGGACGGCGAUGCCUCGUCUAACGACGAACUACAAGCAGACAUGCGCAAUCUUAUGGAUGAUCUAGGUCUGACCAUGGAUCAGCUCAAGGCAAGCUCGAUAUUCAGUGGAGACGAAGAGCGCUUUGCAUUCGCUCGAGCUCUGUCCCGUUUGGCUGAGAUGGAAAGUAAGCAGUGGGUCGAGCGUGGCCUGGGUGUGGGUAUGGAUGAGUUACACGGCCAGGAGGAGAAGGCGGCCUGGGAUAAGACCAGAAGUAAGUGGAGAGAGGAUAGCAUGUAG